CCAUCACGCCCCUCCACCCCCCGCCCCCCAUUGCCCUCGCCAGGGCCCUCCCCUAAUUUACUCCCUUCCACGUCCUCCUCCUCCGCUCCUCUGUUCCCUCCCUAAGAGCCCAAGUUACUCAAGCGUCUUCCUUCCCCACCGCCAGCGCCAGUUCCUGUCCCGAUGGGGCCCGGGAAGGACAACGAUCGCUAGGCGCUGGAACCGCGCUGCUGACAGCCGCCAAGACUAUGGCCCAGUCCGGAGCCUCCGCGGACCCGGCGUCCAAGACGGCGCUCAAGCUGAUGUCAAGGAGCCUGCGGGGCGCUCCGCAACUCUGCCCGUCCACGGUGGACACCACUACCCAGGGCAGGUACGGGGGCCACGCCGCUGCUGUCUCCCGAGAGUCCUCCUUUCGGGGUUCAGUGAUGCGCCCCGGAGACGGCUCUGUGCGCCGGCGGGACGCACGACGGGAGCUGCUGGGGCUGCCGAGGAUGGCUGCUCCCCCCGAGUGGCCGUCCGUGGGGCACAAGAAGGAGCCAUCCCCGCGUGGGUCCGGCGAGCAGAACGGAUCAAGCGGUGGCGGCUUCUUGCUGGAACCGCGGGAGCGCGCGUGGAUCCUGGCAGCCGCCGGGGGUCGUUUUGAUGUGCUGCAGGAGCUGCUGGAAGCUGAGCCCCGGCUGCUGCUGCGGAGUGAUCCGAUCACCGGCUACACCUUGCUGCACUGGCUGGCCAAACACGGCCACCACGAGGAACUGAUUUUGGUAUAUGACUUUGCCAAACGCCGGGGACUGCCGCUCGACGUGAGCGCUCCGGGGAGCGGUGGCUUCACGCCGCUCCACCUGGCGGCUGUGCAAGGGCACCACAUGGUCAUCAAGGUGCUGGUCGGAGCCCUAGGUGCUGACCCCACGCGCCGCGACCACAGUGGCCGCCGCGCCUGCCACUACCUGCCGCCUGACGCGCCGCUGAAGCUUCGGGAGCUCUCAGGGGCCGAGGAUUGGGAGAUCGAACGCGAAAAGCAGCGGGAUCACGACCCGGAGCACCACAGACCCUGAGCGCGCCUGCACCAUUGGCUUCUCGGGUCCACACCAAAGCAGUGGCAGCAGCGCCGGCCACGACGACCAAAGCCAAGAAGGCCACAGGCAGCCAGGCGUCUUAUAUGAAUGGCUUUUUACGCCAUCUGUUUCCUUUCUUCCAGGAUCGUUGAGAGUAACUAGGACUGGAUUGCACCGAGGGGGCCUGCGGUGGCUAGGUUGGUGAGGUGUCAUGUUAACGUUGUGUUGGGGUGCCACGGAUGGAGCUGUCCCUCAGAUUCACCAUGGGUCUGCACAGAGCAGCCCAUUCAGGAAACGAGUAUCUAUCUCAGGUCUCUGGCUGCCACCCCCUGGAAAGGACUCGGGAGGACCUUGGGCACUUGCUAAACAAGAGAGGCCAAGGGCUGGGCUAGCUUGGCUAAAAGACUGACUUAGGAGCCGGAUUGUGAUUUUUCCUUGGGAGGGGGAAAUGUGACCUUGCAGAACACAUUUCUGGACGGACAAGGGGCUGCAUUUAGUAAUAAACAUUCAGUAAAACACUAAGAUAUCACUAAACCAUUGAUGCUGAACAAAUGUCUUGACUGCUUGCUAAUUCUGCCCUUAACCAGUUUUCCUCCUUUCUUGCUGUCAGGCACCCACUGGCCACCUGGGCCUGAAACGACACAUCUAUCUGGUACCUUGUCUAAUGUGUCACAGGUGACUUCAUAUGUAUCUUAAAUAA